UCAGGAUUUUGUUUACCAUUGUCUGUAUUGGAAUAACCUGUAGGCAAGGUUAUAAUACAGCAAUCAAAUAUGCUGGAACACCCAUGACAACUCAAGAUGAGGAGAUAUCUCUGCAAGUGGCUGUACCAGAUCUACAGUUCUCUAUCUGCAAAAGGUUGAACUUGGUUAACCUUUUGGAAAAUUUACCAGGUGGUUGUCUGAACAGUUCCAAGACAUUUAAGGAGGCAACUUACAGUGAACUGUUUGAGGACCAAAUGGAGUCAUAUCUAGAUGAGUUCCUAAUACAGACAAAAGAAAGAUUUCGGAUACCUGAUCUCAUACAUAGAUUUGACACAGUACUUUUCAAUAGAACAGAGUGGACAUCUCAAGUCUUGGAUUCAUCCUCAGAGCUGUACUUUAGAAUGAAACUGUACCCAUAUGUUGACAAUUACACCCUACUCUGUCAUACAUGGCGCAAUGAUAUCUCAAAGUUCUCAAGGCUAAGGAUAAACCCUAGCACAGAUGAAGAAGAAGUUUAUGUGUAUGUUCACAAGAGAGGACAUUUUCUGUUAACUGAUCUAAGAAAUGAACUGAUAGAACUUAAAAACAUAAACCACAUUGUUAAAAUAGAUUUAGAAGUUAUUGUAAAAAAAAUGAUUUCUAUGCCUACCACAGAAUGUACAGAAGACACUCAAACUUUUGAACAUCAACUUAUGGAUCAUUAUCAUAUUUCCUUUAGAAGAGAACUAAGUAAUAGCUUAUUUUGCAAUGACUCUACACUGUCUACAGGGCUUUUUAAAGCAAUGAAUGAAUUUCAAACCAGUUCAAAAAACUGUUUUCCUCCUUGCUCCCAAGUGAAAGUAAAAAUGGUACUUAAUCCUGUGAACUGGCUAAAUGUAUUGACAAAUCCAAUAACAUUCAACAAUCUAUUUAUCCCAGGUUAUGUCAUUCAAAUUCCAUCAUCCGUUCUUUCUUCAGAAACAGAUAAAAGUUAUACUUUGAUUUCUUUUAUUGCUGAAUUUGGAGGAUGGGUUGGACUUUUUCUUGGUGUCUCAAUACUUGAAGGCUUUGAAUUUGCAGUGAGCCAGAUUAGUAGUUCUAUGACUAAUAGAUUUACAAAAGAAGUUUUAUCAAAAAGUGGUUUCAUUAUAAAAAUGGCAUGUUCACUCGGCGUCCUUAUUAUAGUUAUUCUAUGUGGAUUCAAACUCCUGAGAACUAAAAAAUCAAUGGAUAUAAAUAUGGUGGAGAAUUAUAAUAAUGUAAGCAUAUCCCUAUGUUCUUUUGAGAAUAUCUAUCAAACAGGCUCCAAUGAUACCAAUCAUUAUUAUGUUGGUAACUCUUCAUCAUUUUGGAAUAAUAUUACAAAGCUCAGUAACACAUUUAAAAGUAUAAAGUUAGUAUUGGAAAAUGGGAAUUCUGUCACUAUCUAUGAUUCUUCAUGGAAUCAAGGUUCUAAAUAUAUUCUAUAUUCCAUCAACACACUGCAGUUUGAUACAUUUAUUGAGACUUGUCAUACACUGGAUCUGAAAAACUGGAAUAGAAUCAAGAAAAUGGAAGUAGAAGCAAAGAAAGAAUUAACAAUAUAUGUUCAUAUAACAGGCCAGCUUCUUAGAUCAGGAAGACAGGGAUUUAGUUUUAUGAACAAAGAUACCUUCACUUUAUAUCCGUAAGAUACCAUUUUGUUAUGUCAGACAUUAAAAUUAAAUCAAGAUCAUUAAAAAACUAUGAA